AUGUACACAGCCACCUCAUGGCAUCUUCUUACGGAGUGCGUAAUCCUAGUGGAGUCAUCGGCGAAUGAUGAAUAUGGUAUCAUAUCUUCAUAUCUUCAUGAGAAACCGGAGGCCAAGCUUCGAGAAAAUGGAAUUAAAAAUCAGGAAGUCGCAAAGACCAAAAAAAAGCGAAACCCAAAUGCUUGGAAUUUAUUCGUAAACGAAAUAUGUAACUCUAUGCAUACAUCCGUUGAUCUCAAGAUCAACAGAAACAAAGUUUUACCAUUUGCAUCAUUCCUCUGGGAUAAAAUGCCAGAUGAAUACAAAAAUUUCUAUAAAACUCUUGCGCAUGAUGCCUCAAAGCACGAAUUUCCGACUAGCGUUUUUUCUCUUGAAAAUCGCGAUUCCGAUCACACAAAUUAUCACGAGGCUUCUUCAGGUACCUCUCAAUCAGAUUUGUCAUCCACAACUUUUCUCGGGAGUGAAAUGUCUGAUGAUUAUGAAAUUUUCUAUGAAGUUCCUGCACACGAUGCGUUGGAGUACGAAUUUCCGACUAGUGCCUUUUCUCUUGACAAUUGCGUCUCCUAUUCUAAUCCGACAAAUUAUGAUGACACUUUUUUAAAUACAUCUCUCGAGGAUUUAUCAUUUGCAACUUUUCUCCGGAGUGAGAUUUCGGACGAGUAUAAAAAUUUCUAUGAAGUUCCUGCGUACGAUGCGCCGGAGCACGAUUUUAUGACCAGUACCUUUUCUAUCGAAAACUACGCCUCCGAUUAUAAUCCGACGAAUUAUGAUGAGACUUUUUUAAAUACAUCUCUCGAUGAAUUUAGACCAUUUGAGUUUGCUCAAUCCGGAUUGUUGGAUUCGAGUGAAUUUGUACAAUCAGUUCCCGUUGAACAUUCACUCUUUCAGCAACUCGAAUUCGCCGAGCCGACUUCAUCUAUAAACACUGAUUGCUCGUCUCCCUCACCUUUCGAAAAUGACGGAUUACCUUUUACCUUAACAUUCGAUUCUCUUGGAUUUCAAUAA